UGGGGGUGACUCUGUGUGUUUAAUGUAUUCAUCUCUCCAGGGUGAGAGAGGCAGCCAUGACCAGCCUGAUGGAGGUGACUCUGUGUGUGGUGGGCACCGCUCCACAACUACUCUCACCAGGCCUGGUGAAUGGUAUGAUGUGUAGCUUGGCCCAGCAGUCAGCAGAGAAGAUCGACCGCUACAGAGCCCAUGCUGGAUCAGUGUUCGUCAGGCUCCUCCAUAGUAACAACCCUGCAGUACCUCACAUCCCCCACCGAGAGGAGCUGCUCGCCAUCUUCCCUACUGAAGGAGCAGAGGGUCUGAACUGGAACGCUCCGUCUCAGGCCUUCCCCCACAUCACCCAGCUGCUCAGACUGCCCCAAUACCAGUACCACACACUGCUGGGGUUGACCGUGUCUGUAGGAGGACUGACUGAGUCUACGGUACGUGUCUGUAGCCCUGUGUCUGUAGGAGGACUGACUGAGUCUACGGUACGUGUCUGUAGCCCUGUGUCUGUAGGAGGACUGACUGAGUCUACGGUACGUGUCUGUAGCUCUGUGUCUGUAGCUCUGUGUCUGUAGUUUCUGUGGCCCAUGUAGCUCUGUGUUUGUAGCUCUGUGUCUGUAGCCAAUGUAGCUCUGUGGUGCCUGUUGCUCCUGUAGCUCUGUGUCUCUAGCCUCGUGUCUGUAGCCUCGUGUCUGUAGCCCUGUGUCUG